AGAGAAAGAGAGAGAAUGGAAAGGGUGUCCAUGCAUGGUGGUCUUAUACUAAUUCUUGGACUGGUGUUUAUGAUCACCGCGCAACCAGACGGAGCAGCGGCUGCUUGGCUUAAAGCCCAUGCAACUUUCUAUGGUGGAAGCGAUGCUUCAGGAACAAUGGGAGGAGCAUGUGGGUAUGGCAAUCUGUUCACAGACGGCUACGGAAUCAAAACAGCGGCGCUGAGUACGGCUUUGUUCAAUGAUGGCAAGUCGUGUGGCCGAUGUUAUCAGAUAGUCUGUGAUGCCACGCAGGCUCCUCAGUGGUGUCUCAAGGGCACUUCUGUUACCAUCACUGCCACCAAUUUCUGCCCGCCAAACUAUGCUCUCCCCAGCGACAAUGGCGGGUGGUGCAAUCCCCCAAGGCUUCACUUUGACAUGUCUCAACCUGCAUUUGAAACCAUUGCCAAGUACAGGGCCGGAAUUGUUCCUAUUUUGUACAGGAAGGUUGGAUGCAAGAGAAGCGGAGGCAUCAGAUUUACCAUCAAUGGAAGGGACUAUUUCGAGAUCAUCCUCAUAUCGAAUGUAGCGGGGGUCGGAGAAAUCUCGAACGUAUGGAUCAAAGGGUCCAAGACGAACAAGUGGGAAGCCAUGUCGAGAAACUGGGGGGCAAACUGGCAAAGCCUUAUCAAAGGGUCCAAGACGAACAAGUGGGAAGCCAUGUCGAGAAACUGGGGGGCAAACUGGCAAAGCCUUAGCUAUCUCAACGGCCAGAGCCUGUCCUUCAGAGUCCGGGCCAGCGAUGGCCGAACCGUCACGGCCCUUAACGUGGCGCCUUCAAAUUGGAAGUUUGGCCAGUCCUUUCCUAGCAGCACCCAAUUUUAAGAAGACGGGUGCAAAUGCUCCGAUUGAUGCUGCCUCAUCAAUCAACUAUAGAAAAAGGUUUGUCAUCUCCCAUUGCAGUAUGUAUGUUUCUAUUAAUUUUUACAAUUCAUUCCACAAUUGUAUCCAUGGGGUUGUGCCGAGUAUCUUCAAGGACCCGCCCAUGAUGUAGAACAUUUUGAAGCUGGAGCGCUUAGCCGAUGCUCAGAAGUUCAAGAAAGCAAG